AUGUUGACGCUCAGACGCAGGCGCAGUCAGGCACGCACACGGGCUCUUCGAGGAAAUAGCAUUCAAGACAAUAAUUAUGAAUAUAAACGACUUGUUUCUUGCACAUCUGUAAAGAAAAAAAUAAUCUUUUAAACUUUCGUAUGAUAGUUAGAGCCUGUGCUAAUAACUGCGAUCACGUUUGCACACAGUUGUAGCGACAGUUACCAAGUAACCGGCUUUAUGCGAUCAGGCGGCUAGGCCUUGCCUGGCCCGCAGUGUCUCGGUUCAAGCAUGCAUCCCUCCUGGGGCGGUUACGGAGGUGGACACCAGCCUCCUCCACACUUCGGCCCGCGGCCUCAUCAGUUUAGGGGAGCUCAGCCUCCCGCUCCAGCUCCAGCAGCACCAGGAGGAGGAGGAUUUGGAGGGUAUGGCGCUCCGUCUGUUACACCGUCGACUAAUUUCUCUAGUUUACACGAGCAGCAUUUACAACAAAUGCAGCAGUUGCAGCAGCUCCAUCAGAAGCAGCUGCAGUCGGUGCUGCAUCACCCGGGCAAUGCCGCCAGCAACGCGCCUUCGUACUGGCAGACAGGCGGUGCUGGUCACACCGCACCGCCCAACAGUUUUCAAGAUCCAUCAGCUCUGAGAGGGCCCGCUGGCCCGCCUCAACCCCAAACCCAACCUCAGCCUCCGCCACCAGAAGUGAAACCUCCAGCUCCCGAGCCUUCAUCAUCUUCAUCACCUGCAGUGAAGCCCCCCGCUCCAACACCACAGGUUAGCGAUACCAGUGCAUCGGUGGCGGAUGAAAAGCCCGACUUUUCGUCGAUGUCUCUGCAGGAGCAGCAGGAAUAUUGGUAUCAGCAGCACCGUCAAAAUUUGCAAAAGCUGAAAAAUGAGAAGGCAAAGCAGAAUCAGAGUUCAUCUAAUGGAAGCCAUGCUCCUGCUCCACCACCUCCAGUUGAACCCCCAAAAAACACCCCUCCACCCCCACCUCCCAAAGAGGAACCCCCUCCUCCCCCUCCACCAGAGGAAUCAAAGCCCAGGGGCAUCACUGAUGCGGGAGACCCAGCUGAAGCAGCACGUCUUCAGCAGCUGCAGGCUGCAGCUGCCCAUUGGCAGCAUGUGCAGCAUCAAAGGGCCAGCAUGCAGUACCAGGCACUGAUGCAAGAACAUGCCCAACUACAGCAGGUCCUGCAACAGUACCAACAAGUUAUUCAACAGCCAGCGCAUCUCCAGACAAUGCCCUUGGAGAUGCAGUUGCAACACUAUGAACUGCAGCAACAACGAUUUGCUCCCUUGUACCAAGAGUGGGACAGGCACUUUAAUUUGUGGUUGGAACAAUUUCAGUCAUACCCACACAAAGACCAGCUACAUGAUUACGAAGCCCAGUGGAGACAAUGGCAAGAGCAAAUGAAUUCAACUUCAGCUCAUCUGCAAGAGAGAAUCACAACCCUAAGAGCUAUGCAGCAUCAGUAUGGUGCAGCUCCUUCAUAUGGUGGCAUGAUGGGACCAUAUGGGCAGCAUCGACUCCCUGGACCAGAUGGAAACAUGCAUUUAGCCAGCCCAGGGCUUCCAUCUAUGCCUCCGCCUGUUAACAUGGAUGCCAUGUCGGGACCUUCACCACAGGCCCCGCCACCUUCUGGACCGGUAAUUCCACCUGCAGAACCAUUCCCAUCUUCUGGUUCAGAUUCAGUCCCUGAAGCAGGUAAAACUGCUGGACCACCUGGACCAGGAGUUCGUCCACCUGGACCAGGAGUUCGUCCAUCUGGACCAGGGGUUCGUCCUCCUGGACCUCCUGGGCCUCCUGGACCCCCUGGACCUCGUGGAAGAUUUGAUGGUCCAAGGUUUGAAGGUCCCAGAGGCCCACGGUUCGAACAGCCUCCCCAGCAACGGUUUAAUGCACCACCUAGAUUUGACGCUGGUCAGCGUUUUAACCGACCUCCUAGAGGCAAUCCUCCUCACCCUGGGGUUCCAAUGAGACCUGAGAACCCCCCUAGGCAGAAUGCACCUACACGAUUUGAAAGACCCCCUGUACCCCCUCAACAACCAGGGUAUGGAGCGCAAUCCAGUCCUGUCCCUGGCGUUCAAAUGAAACAACAAACAGCACAACCUGAUGCCCCACCAGUUGCUCCAUCUCAAACGGGCCCAGAAAAAGAUAAAAAUGUCCAAGAUCAAAAUAAGAAAAAAGAUGUUGCUUCCACUGGUCCGUCACUGACGGAUGACAUAUUGGAUUCAGUGGAUGGAUUUUUUAUUCAGAGUGGACCCAUUCCUCAAACUCAGGAUAGUAAAUCUGAAAGUACUACUGCUGAUAUUGGAAAGCAGGAUAAGUUAAAAGAGGAUACUACAAAACCAUCCCUACCUUCAGGAAGUCCAAACACCACCAACAAAAAUGCUCAGAAGUCUAGUUCACAACCUUCUAAAACCAACAAUGUUACUAACGGGCCACCACAACAAGCAAAGCCUCCUCAGAAUGAUAAGUUUAAACCUGAUGCACCUAAAGAGGCUCUUAGGGGGCCACAUGUGAUGAAUCAGACAGGCCCACCACAGGUAGCCCGAGGAAGGGGAAGGGGCCAAGUGCCAGUGCCUCUGAGAGGCAGGGGCCGUGCACGUGGUCGAGGACAGUAUGUAGGACAAAUACCUGAUCCCAACUGUCAGAGAGAAAUUAUGCCAGAGGAUCCCUAUGAGCAUCAGCAAGCAGAUGACGUAACGCACAGAGAGGACCAGGAUUCGGCCUGGACAGACCCCUCUUUAGAAGGUCCUGGAGAAAUGGAUGACCAGGAAGCACCCCAUGAGAUCUGGCAACCAGAGGAGGAACACUUCCCAGAAGAGUACUAUGAAAAUCCUAGAGAGAGAAGACCUCCAGUGGGUCACAGGGAGCACCCAGAGAGCGCUCAUGCAGAUGAACAAUGGGAAGAAGAACCACAGGAAUAUUGGGAGGAAGAAGAUCCAUACUGGACAGAGAGAAGACCUCCCAUGCAUGCUAGACCUCCUUUUCCUCCUGGUGGCCCCAGGCGACCCCCUUUCCAUCCUCGAUUUAUGCUUCAUGGUCCAAGGCGCCCACCUCCUCUUGGCCCCCCACAUGGACCUCCUCACAUGGGACCACGUGGGGUGAUGGGACCACGGUUCAGACGUGGUGUAGGACCAUGGGGACCACCGCCCCGCCAUGACAUGAUGGAGCGAGACAUGAGACGGCCACCACCUCCUCAUGAAAUCUUGGCAAGGGAUCCAGCUGGAUAUGAAGAAGAAUUGGAACGAGAACCUGGAUGGACUCAUCCUCGUGGGAGAGGGCUGAGACGUCCUCCUUUACAUCCCCAUGAAAUGGAAAUUAGAAGACCUCCAUUGAGGCCUCCAAUGCCAAGGGAGAGGUGGCAUGGCCCACCACCCACUGAAGAAGAAAAUUAUGAGGAGGAAUACCCAUAUGGUGCAGAGGAUGAUGCGUACAGAAGGCCAACUCGUGAAUAUCAUCAAGAAUAUGAACAAGACAAUGAGUAUUACGGUUCUCGUGAGGAAUGGGGCAGGGAGCAACCUGACCGAGACUAUCCACCACGUUGUCCCCCAGAGCAAGUUAGAGAAGAACAUUGGUUAGAGGGAAGAGAGAGGUCAUUCCCAUAUGAAGAUGAGAGUCGGUAUAGAGAGGAACGAAGAGGACCAUCUUACGCUGAUGGUCCACCAUAUCAAGAACGUGAUAGGGAGCUUCCUUAUCACUCUCGUUCUGAUUGGGAAAGGUCUCCACCUCCACCCCCACCCCCACCUGAGAGGGCCUACUCUCGUAUAGUUGGUGAAACGGAGCCCCAUUAUGAACACAACCCAGAGCCGCUAACUGGCCUGCCCGCACCUCAGGCUCUGGAUGCUCCACUUGAGCAGUCUUCACCUACUUCAACUAAAACUGUACUUGCUCUUUCUCAAAGGCAGCAUGAGAUCAUUCUCAAAGCUGCCCAGGAGCUGAAAAUGAUAAGAGAGCUCCAGGAAAGCAAGAAGGCUUUGGGAGAAGCGAACCCAGAAUCUGCUGGGUUGCCUCCAGAACUUCCUGCUGGAAUUCUUGGAUUGGAAAUUCCACCUGAAGUUAAAAGUGCUCUGCAGGCUACUAAUUUAUUGUCAGAAACGGGACAGACUAGUCAACCCUUGGAAGCUGGUUUGCCACCUUCAAAUCAGUCUACAGGCUUCCUUCAUUCUUCAGCACCUACAGCCUCAUUCAUUGCUAAAACAGUGGACUAUGGGCAUGGUCGUGAUGCUGGUGCAACAGUAGAAAGGAUUUCUUAUGGAGAGAGGAUUGUGUUGAGGCCUGCUCCACCUCCAUCUGAGAGACUUUAUGAGAAAGAACUGCUUGGCCACAGAGACCCAUACUAUGACAGAAGAAGUGACCCGUAUGGUGGUCCCAGAGAUUAUGACCGGGAUUGGGAGAGAGAUCCAUACAGGGAGAAGCCACCUUUGGAUUAUGAGAGAGACAGAUAUGAAAGGGACCGUUACCUACGAGAAGAACGACCUCCACUUGGGCCUCGUUCAGGUCACCGAGAGAGAGAAAGAGAUCACCCAAGCCGCUCAAGCAGGGAUCGUGAGGUUUAUAACCGACCAGGCUAUGAAAGGUCGUCCUAUGAAAGGAGUCUUGAGCAUUAUGAGCAUGGAUCCUCAAGCUAUGGUGAUCGGAGGAGCUAUUCAGAUGAGCGCCCUCCUCCACCCACGUCACUGCCCCCUUCUGCUCCCAUUGCUCCCCCUCGUAUGGAGAAGAAACCAGAAACAAAGAAUGCUGAGGACAUCCUCAAAGCCCCAGGUCGAUUAACUCGGCCUGACAGGAUUGUGGUCAUCAUGCGUGGAUUACCUGGAAGUGGCAAGAGUCAUGUUGCAAAACUUAUUAGGGAUAAAGAGGUUGAAUGUGGUGGUGCACCACCCAGAGUUCUCGGUCUGGAUGACUAUUUUAUGACUGAAGUGGAAAAAGUCGAGAAGGACCCUGAUACUGGGAAGCGCGUCAAGACAAAGGUUCUUGAAUAUGAAUAUGAACCUGAGAUGGAAGAUACGUAUCGAAGCAGCAUGCUGAAGACAUUCAAGAAAACACUGGAUGAUGGAUUUUUCCCAUUUAUAAUCCUUGAUGCUAUCAAUGAGAAAGUCAAGUAUUUUGACCAGUUCUGGAGUGCUGCUAAGACAAAAGGGUUUGAGGUGUACUUGGCUGAAAUCACAACUGAUCACCAAACAUGUGCAAAGAGAAACAUACACGGACGAACACUAAAGGAUAUUACAAAGCUGGCUAGUAGCUGGGAAUCUGCACCACCCCAUAUGGUACGACUAGAUAUCCGGUCUCUACUGCAGGAUGCAGCGAUUGAAGAUGUGGAGAUGGAAGACUUCAACCCAUCUGAAGAAGAACCAAAAGCUGAAGUGAAACAGGAAGAUGAUGAUGAGACAGAUCUGGGAUACCUUCCGAAAAGCAAAUGGGAGAUGGACACUUCAGAAGCAAAACUUGACAAGCUGGAUGGUCUGGCGGGUGGAGGCAAGAGAAAACGAGAAACUGAUGUGUCUGGCAUGGAAGACUUCCUUCAGCUGCCUGAUGACUAUGCCAGUCGCAUGUCUGAACCUGGCAAAAAGAGGGUGCGAUGGGCCGAUCUUGAAGAGAAGAAGGAUGCUGACAGAAAGCGUGCAAUUGGUUUUGUAGUCGGUCAGACAGACUGGGAGAAAAUCACGGAUGAGAGCGGCCAGCUUGCUCAGAGAGCUCUCAACCGCACCAAGUAUUUUUAGGAGAUUUUGUAAUGACAUUUGUACAGCAUUUAUGGUCAUCAGUUCAUGAAAUUCUUAAUUUCCGAAGUGUACUGCCUGGUGAAGAAUAAGCAUCAUCUCUUCAGAAACUGGCGCUUAUUCGUUGGUCGAUCCUGUAGUACACGCAAUGGCCUUGGUAUAAUAUCUGGUGUAAUGUAAAUCCUUUUUUGUUUUAUCCACAAUCUUAUUUUAAUAGUUUAAGCUUUGUGUGUGUAGGUUUUGUAGCAGUGGUGCAUUCGAUUGUAGGUGAUAUCUGUACUUUAUUUUUAUUCCAUAGAUCGAAUGUAUUUGGCCCUGAAAUGUUCUUGUAGUUCACACACACAUGUACACACUCAAUAAAGCUUACAAAACAGUCUCAUAAAGAACCCUUAUACAGUCAUUUUUCACUUCAUGAUGAUAUGAAAAAUCUGUCUGUUAAGCUGAAUUGUGAAACUUUGGUUUGGUGGCCAAGCUGGAAUUAAAGAUUCAAAAGAAACACUUCAGAUUGACGCAAGACACAUGACUUGCUUACAAAAUAGUUCACUGGCUUCUCAUGUGGCAACAUAUUGAAUGACAGGUCUGUUCCAGUGGUUGUUAUUGGCCUGCUUAUUAUUUGGUUUGCCACAUAAGUUGCCAGGAAACAUGGGCAUGAAUUUUGCAUAAAGUACUUGUGAGUUAUACAGAGUUUUGCUAGACCAAAACUGUCUCGUAACGCCUCCCAUUAUACGUAUGUAUUUGUGUAUAUAUUUAUAAAAUUCCACAUGUGACCCUAAAAACCUUUUUAUAUCUACAUGCUGCUGUUUAUACAUGAGCUCCAUAUCUGAUUUUUGAUACAAAGAGACAAUCUGCCUUUGUUAUACUUGGAGCAAGAGAUAAUCUUUGUUGACAAAUGUAUAUUUUAUAUAUAUUGUGUUCAGCCUCCUUGGUUGGAUAUGUAAUGCAGUUGCUAAGGCUUUAGUUUUUGGAGUAAUAUUUGGGUUCUUUAAUGAAUGCACACUGGGUAUUAGUGCACUUGUAUUGUCAAGUGGUCCACCCGACAGUGAUGUUCAUUAAAUGCUCAUAAAACACUCACAGCUAAAUAUUCUAACACACAUAUGAAUGAGAUGGCAUUAAAGGUAAGUGCGAACAUGAGAACAGUCCAUGAGAAAUAUAUAAUCUAUUAAUCUAUUUUUUGGCGGUGUUUGGCGUAUUUUUAAUUUCUGAUAUUUUUAAUUUUCUGGCAGUUAAUUGAUUCAUAUGAUUAUGGACUUUUGUUUUUUUUUUUUGGCAAUUUAAGUGCUUGUGGAUUAUGAUAUAUAUUUACUUCAAAAACACAUGUACAGUAGCUUUCUACAUUGCAACAGUUUUUAGUAAAAAAUGAAUAUUUCAUACAGUAUGGCUUUUCUUGUAGACCCUUAAAAAGGGGUCAUCGGAUGCUAAGUUCACUUUUACAUGUUGUUUGAACAUUAAUGUGUGUUGGCAGUGUAUGUACAAAUCUACCCUAUAAUGAUAAAAAUCCAUGCAGUGGUUUUUAAUUAAUCUGUAAAAAUAAUAUCCCCUUUUUCAAAUCGAGCCAUUCUCAGAUGCCUUUCAGUGUGCCGUCACACCAACAGAGGCCGCUCCCACGAUAGUUGAUUGACAUGAGCGUCUUACCUCAGAUCAGCUGUAACAGUCCAACCUCUUUUUUUCGAUGCCAGAGCAGGGAUGUAAGUUAGACAAGAAUAUCUCCGAUUGAGCGAUUGAGGUGUUGUGUUGCUGGAUGUAAUAAUGAACAUAGUGGUUGUCAUUUACUGCUGACAUCUGAGCCGCUGAAGAUGCAGUAGUUUUUUUUUUUUUUGUUUUUGUUUUUUUUAAUGAAUCUUUGCAAUCGCCUUUCCUAAUAAUGUGCUAGUUAGCAAGUUUAGCGGCUAAAGUAAACAGACUCGUCUCUCCACAGAGAGAAGAGAGGGGCGGGGUGAGCAGAGCUCAUUUGCAUUUAAAGCAGCCUCGACCAGAAUGAGAUGAUUUUUGCAGAGCUCAUUUUGGCAAGGUUAAAAGGGUGGUGUUUUACACAACCAUUGAGAAUUUUUAACCAAAGUUUGUUAUAGACUUUUCAUUAAGACCCUAAAGUAUCAUAUCAACACGUGGAAAAUGGGCAUCCGAUGACCCCUUUUAAUGUUAUUCAGAUGUAGGUCUACUCUCUCUACGGGACUUUUGUUGUUUUUGGAGCUUGACAGUUACUGGCUGGUUGCUUUUACUUCAAGGAAAAUAGUGUUGCAAAGAAGAAAGAAUAUCAUAUGGUUUAUGGCAGCAGUUCUCAACUCUGGCCCUUGAGAUCCAUUGUCCUCCAGAUUUUGGCUCCAACCUUGAUCAAACUCACCUACCUGUAACUUUCUAGUGAUCCUAAAGACCUUGAUUAACCUGUUCAGUUGUGUUUGAUCAGGGUUGGAGCUGAAAUCAGCAGGAAAAUGGAUCUUGCGGGCCAGAGUUGAGAACCCCUGGUUUAGGAAUAAUGUGGUUGACUUUUUUUUUUUUUUUUUUUUUUUUUUUUUGGGUGAACUAUUCAUUGAGUGUGCAAUGACAGUUCAACUGCUCCCCCUGGAGUAUAAACAUGUGAUAUUCAUUCUUUUCAAAAUUGAUUAUAUAGUUGGUGUUUGAAUUUGUUCAGUUUGUGUUGUGUUAGUCAAUUACAAUAUCCAAAACAAAAAAAAAGUCCCAAGAUGCUUUCCAAACAAAUGGCUCAUUUGGUUGAAUUAAUGCACACUUUUGCAAUGGAAAAGAAAAAAGAGGGGGAAAAACUAACAUCAACUAUGUAUUGCUACUAACAUGUGUAUUGCUGUGGUUAUUACAUACAGUUAAGGUCAAAAGUUUACAUAAACCUUGCAGAAUCUGCAAAAUGUUAAUUAUUUUCCCAAAAUAAGAGGGAUCACACAAAAUGCAUGUUAUUUAUUUAGUACUGACCUGAAUAAGAUAUUUCACACAAAAGAUGUUUCUAUAUAGUUGAAAAGAGUUCAUCAAAAGAGAAAAUAAUAGUUGAAUUUAUAAAAAUGACCCCGUUCAAAAGUUUAUAUAUGCUUGAUUCUUAAUACUGUGUUGUUACCUGAAUGACCCACAGCUGUUUUUUUGUUUAGUGAUGGUUGUUCAUGAGUCCCUUGUUUGUCCUGAACAGUUAAACUGCCCGCUGUUCUUUAGAAUAAUCCUUCAGGUCCCACAAAGUCUUUGGUUUUUCAGCAUUUUUGUGUAUUUGAACCCUUUCCAACAAUGGCUGUGAUUCUGAGAUCCAUCUUUUCACAACUGAGGGACUCAUUUGCCCUUAUUACACAAGGUUCAAAUGCUCACUGAUGCCUUAGAAGGAAACACAAUGCAGGGUUAUUUUUGUAAAUUCAACUAUUAUUUUCCUCUUGUGGACUAUAUGUAAACUCAUUUUGUAUGAUCCUUAUUUUCAACUGUAGAUCUUUAAAGCACACACACAGAAUAAGUUAUAAUACAGGUUAUCAGUAAUGCGAAUAAAAGAA